AGCAUGCUUUUGCUGUUUUCUCUCCUGUGCUACCGUACCUUCUCCGGCAGCCGUGGGCUUUGUGAGUGAAGACGAAUACUUGGAGAUCCAGGGCAUCACGAGGGAGCAGUCCGGGGACUACGAGUGCAGCGCCUCCAACGACGUGGCCGCACCCGUGGUGCGGAGAGUGAAGGUCACCGUGAACUAUCCACCGUACAUCUCCGAAGCGAAGGGGACAGGCGUCCCCGUGGGACAGAAGGGGACCCUGCAGUGUGAAGCCUCGGCAGUCCCCUCCGCAGAAUUCCAGUGGUACAAGGACGACAAAAGGCUGGCUGAAGGAAAGAAGGGGGUGAAAGUGGAGAACAGACCCUUCCUCUCGAAGCUCAUCUUCUUCAAUGUCUCAGAGCACGACUAUGGGAACUACACGUGUGUCGCCUCCAACAGGCUCGGCCACACCAAUGCCAGCAUCACACUCUUUGAACUAAAUGAGCCCACAAGCUCAACUUUGUUGCAAGGCCCAGGCGCCGUCAGCGAGGUGAGCAACGGGACGCCGAGGAGGGCAGGCUGCCUUUGGCUGCUACCUCUCCUGGUCUUCCUCCUGCGCCAGUUUUGAUGUGAGUGCCACGCCCGCACCAGGGAAGCUGCCGCCACUGCAACCACCAACCCUCCAGCAAAGGCACCUCCGACAGCAAGAGCAAACCCCUUUCCAACUAAGAUGUAAUCAAACGCCAUUCCGAGACACAGACGAUUGGGACACACAUUCGAGGGAGGGGAACAAAGAACACUUUGGGAAAACACGUUUCAAAAGGAAAUCGAAAAAUCGAUCGCCUUGCAGGCCGGGCAGAUAUGUAGGUACAGCUGAGUUUUCUUUCUUUUCCCACAUGGGAGGAGCGCACCCCUGGCUUUGGAUACCCGCCCGCCAGCUGCAUUGUUUCCGGGGUGGAGGAGGGCUCAGCCGCUCUGCCCACUCCAGGGCCCCUGCCAAGGAAAAUUCUGGAGUCGGCCGUCCCCAAAUUCAAUCCGUCACUAGAAGCGAACACAGAGUGAGGCGUGCGCCCCCAUGUGCCGCGGGGUCACCCCCGCUGUAGACUGUGCCACUGUCGUGUGUGCUAUGAAACGCAAAUUUAAAAAGCAAAUCAAUAAAAAGGAACCUAAACAAAACAGCCUGAUGGCGACCAACCCCCACAGUCAGCAGUCACACAGGCCCCGUUCACCUCUGUGUUCCCCUCACUACAUGGGCAUCGUGGAUCAUAAGGGAUUCUGGUUCACUGUUAAUUCUAUUUUCUGACGUGAGUCUAGGACUUAGCUGGAAAACAAGGCAACACUAAACACCACACACACAUGAAAGGGGUGACGAGAAGUAUGUUUGUUAAAAAAAGAUGAAAAUGAAUAGUGCACUUCUUAACUAGGUUUACAACCGGUGGACCCCACGCCGGGCAUUAACCGCCCGGUGAGGAUUUGGCGAAUCCACCAAAACAAAACACACACACACAUAUGAUUUAACCAACACGUCCACCAGCGCUACAGCUUUCUCCUCAUCCUGGCAUUUAAUGCAGACACGACUAUGCUUCUCCGUGCUGUUUAGAAGUGGAAGGGGGGUCUGCACCCGACCUUGCGUUUGUUGGCUCUGCUUCUUUUGAUGACAUAUAUUAUACAGUAUAUAUAUACAUAUAUAUACAUAUAUUUUUUUUGUUAAGAGUUCUAGCCCUUUUCUUUCUCAGCAGGUCCGUUCUCAGACAUUACUGCAUGCUGUAUAUGGCGUUAGCUGUGUGUUGACCUUCUAAAAGAUGAUAGAGUUUACUGGUACUUGUGUAAUCAGCUCCUGCCUCUAUUUUUUUCUUUUUUUCUUCUUUUUUUUUGCGCGCGUUAUCCACAUGUCAGAGACAUUUAUACGCAGUGAAACGAGAAAACGACACUAACACCAGGCACAGCCUCUGUUCCAGGUGUGGCUCCCGGAGGGGGUCCGCCCAGGCGCCGCCCCCUCCACCCCGCACAAACACGCCACCGAACCAGCUAAACAGCCAGUAACCACUCGCUCGAGCCCUAUGGGAAUCUCUGAUGCCUUUGUGACCACUGGAGAAUUGAACCCUCUUGGUUUCUUUUAUUUAAUGUCCCACCUGUGUGUGCGUGUGUAUGAAAGAGAAGAAAAUGCAGUUUUUAGAUAAUCUUUUUUCCUCCCCCCGGAGUCUGGGGACCAGAGAGGCCUCGGGGAGGGGUCCUGGGUGUGAUGAGGGAAAGUGGGAUUGGGGUUCGGGGAGGGAGGGGUUGUCUCUGACUUGACAUUAAAAAGUGUUCCAUGUCCCUCUUCA